GAAAAAUCAAUUUGAGCAUGUUCCACGUAGUUCUUGUUUUCACCCUUUGUUGUUGGUGUUCCUUCUUCAUUUCAUUUUUCUAGUUGUUUUUCUUUGGGUGCGACUAAAUUUAGGUUAAUCUUCUUCCUCAGACAGACCAUUGAUUUAUUUAUGUCUGGUUUCAUCAACUACAUGUCAAAAAUAUGUUGCAAAAAGACGACGACGACAAGGAUGACGGUAAGCCUGCUGGACCUCGAUUCCCCCUGAAGAACAAGAAAGGGCUAGUCCGUGGUCUCUUACAGCAUCGAUUGAAGAAUGCGGACAACGAAUUAAGAAAUUUCCUUCAUGAUUAGGAAGGAUAAGGUGGAAGUCGUGCACUCAUUUAAUAUCAUAGAGAGUAAGUUUCUCGUAAGUAACUCGAACACCUGCGUGAUCAUUAGGAACUCCAACUAAGCCUAAGUCUCUUCAACGUAGAGAUCAUCUUGUGCAUCUACUUGAUCACGGCAGACUCGUAAAUGUUGGAUUGAAGUACUUCUUCUAGAUCAGUUGUACUAAUGUAAGACUCUAAACUAAGCUGCGGAAAUUCUUCCAGGGUUAUUCCUUGGGAGUGCAGGCAGCUUGGAAUCAGAGAGACGCUUCUUAAGGCUGCUAGUCGGUCAUUGUCUGGCAUGGACGGACCACGUUGGGUGGGUAGGCCUUCCUGCUAGAGGGAUGGGAAGUUUUUCUUCCUCUUAGGCAAGGGGUGGGUUAUUCUCUGACUCAGACGAGUUCAGUCAACAUGAACGAGAACACCUUAGUUCUAGAGGAAAAAACUGAGGUGAUCUUUUAGUAGUAAAGGGCAUGUUGCACGCCACUCAAUGACCCGGGAUAAUCGCCUGUCAUUCCAACUUGAUGCUUUGUAAUGAAUAGCUUGGACAUACAUAGCUUCCAAGUUAUCUCCUACAACUUAUCACUUGUGCAGCCUCCAUCAAAGAUAUUGAUGGAUCGACUACCUUGUUUACUAAGAUUUACUCGUGUGAUUCGGUGUGCGCCAGACCUUCCGAGACCAGCGGGGGCAGAGGUCGUCCUUGAUCUCAACAUGAAAGAUACUGGCGACUUCGCGGAGUUGCGACGCGUAUUGGAUAAAAACAGGGUGCUGGACUUCAUCUUAAGAUUUUCUCGUCCUGGUUGUUAUAUGGUCAGAAAUGAGGCUCCUUGAUAUUUUCCCUGACCUUUAAACUCCUAAUUAAUAGUAAUCCUCGUGUCUUAUAGGAUGCUGGGCUUUAUCUUAACAAGAUCAAUUCAUGAUGCUCUUGUUCUACUUCUACACCUGAACUUACACCGCAUAGGCACAGCACCCUGCAACGUUCAGCCUCGCUCUAAUCUUUGAAGACGGUGUACAAAUUUAAGGCCAUAGUAUAGAACAAGAUGUUGUAUUCAUCUCACGUUGUUGUAAGUGUAAGUAUGUAUGCUCAGUGUCUCCAAUGACUAGGUAAAGAUAGCUGCGUGUUUAGUAAAACAAUAGCACCAAGGUUUCCUUUUCUUGGUAAGUAGGACAGUAACACUUAGUUACAUUUCCUCCUGAGUCGAUGGCGUAGUACUGUGUGAAUGUGACAGACUACCUGAAGAAGAAGAUGACGAAGCUGUUGUUAAUUAUACUUCGAUAAGACUCAUCUUUGUAGUCCUACUCCUAUUGCUUUUCCUGAAAUUCUAAUGUCUACUAUAUGCUUACUUGUUGUUUAUAGUUUUUACUUCGUUCUUCUUCUGGUCUAAAAAGAAGCGUGCGCGGCCUCUCCUUCAGAGCAAUCGACACGUUGUUGUUCCGACGACAAGGCCUUGCCUGCGACUGAGACAAGUUCAACAUCUUCACAUAAAGGCGUUUUGGUUUGCUGUCGCCAAGGUCGCUCUCGCUCGGUCUCGGUGGUCUGUGCGUUUCUGAUUUAUGCAGUUGUAAGCAUUGCUACUACAUUAACGAAGGAACAGUUCCGUACAACUACAUCAACUACUGAGAAGUAGACGAAAUGGAGGAAAGAACAAGCAACACGGAAGAUGACAGCAGACAAGAACUGUGGUUGUCAAAAACAAAUAGUGAUAUACCCGGCAAAUUAGCGCUCCUCUAGGAGAUACUCUUUUGCUGGCUGACCUCAUCGGUAGUCACGUGCAACUACAAACGAGGUUCCAUGACAUGACAAAACCGCAUCAAUUGCUCUAGGAUAGUACAACCAUUCAACUACAACUACAACUAUUGGUAUUGCAUCAGUCUACAACUUUAAGCAAGUAGUUUCAUUUCUCACUCCUUUAUGAUUAUGCCGAUCUGCAGUCAUGUCCUUUAUUCCAUAUUGUGAAUAAAUCGAUUUUUGAACUUGAUUGUGAAAGACCACGACUAUAGCUUCUUCUGCUUUUCUCAGCACGGGGGAGCCCACUCUAAUAAGUGCUGCGACGUGGCUACAGUUUCGAUUAUGGCCUGUUUUUUGUGAUACUUAUAGCCAGAGUAGUUUAUAGCACGCAUGGUGCAUGGAGUAGCAUGGAGUGCAUGGAGCGCAGAGCUUUAAGGGGCGCAAGAAGCUCCCCCUUUAGCUCCAUGCUACUCCAUGUGAUCCAUGCACUCCAUGCCAUGCGAGCCGUGAAACCUUAUAAAUUGCUCUGUUAUAAUACAAUUUCCUCGAUUAUGGAUAUGGAUCUCGAUUACAUGGACAUGGUAUGUAGAUGAAUGAUCAAUACCUCCUGUAUUAAAUUUUGAACGAAGUAGAUAAAGUUCUGUGGAUUUUGAACUAAUAAUAAUUUCUGUGGAUUUUGAACUAAGUAGAUAAAGUUCUAACUGCAUGCUGCUCUGGACCUGAUACGUUCGAAGAGACCAGUCGUGAGUCCAAACAUGGGUUUUGUUUUGUGCUUAAAGAAGCUAGAACGUGAGACUUCUUCCAAAUGAAAAGGAGCCUACCCAUCUUUGAUGAAGGUCUGAACCCCAUCCAUGUAGCAAGUUUGCCGUGGAGCGAUAAGCCCCAUAUAAUUAUAGGGCGUUCCUAUAAUUCCAUGCCUAGAGAUCGUUGCUGGUUUUGAGAAUCAUCUUAUUGUCACACCCUAUGCAUAGAAAACGGAGAUGAAGAUGAGGACUGCGAUAGGGUUCGCAUCGUCCGCAGUCGGUAGG